AUUAUAUAUAAAGCGAAUAACUGCUAAUUAUGCCCUAGUUUGCUUCUUCCCUUAGCCGUUGCUCUGCUUCAACAUUGCGGAAGCAGAAGAAGCGCCGCAGCUAUGGUGAAGUACUCCAGAGAACCCGACAAUCCCACCAAGUCCUGCAAGGCCAGAGGCGCUGACCUCAGAGUUCAUUUUAAGAACACUAGGGAGACUGCCUUUGCCAUCAGGAAGUUGCCCCUUGUUAAAGCUAAACGAUACUUAGAGGAUGUUUUGGCCCACAAACAGGCUAUUCCUUUCCGACGCUUUUGUGGUGGUGUUGGGAGGACGGCCCAGGCUAAGAACAGACACUCCAAUGGGCAAGGACGCUGGCCCGUCAAAUCAGCUAAGUUCAUUCUAGAUUUGCUGAAGAAUGCUGAGAGUAAUGCUGAAGUGAAAGGUUUGGAUGUCGAUGCUCUGUACAUUUCUCAUAUCCAGGUUAAUCAAGCACAGAAGCAAAGACGCCGCACCUACAGAGCUCAUGGAAGAAUCAACCCUUACAUGUCAUCUCCAUGCCACAUUGAGCUGAUAUUAUCUGAGAAGGAAGAGCCGGUGAAGAAGGAGGCUGAGACUCAAUUGGCAACAAGCAAGAAGAAGGGCGCUCUUCGAAGCGGUGCUUCAUCUUAAAUUACCCUUGAAGCUACUGGAUGACCUUCAUUCCUGAUUUAUGUCAGUUUUGUCUAUCGUUUUCCUUUAUAUUUGUUAUGAGCUGCUUUUGAAGCUUGGACAGCACCUUUUGCUUGGUAUACUAUGUUUCAAGUUAAUUGAGUUACUCGGGAAUUUUUAUUAUGGUAAUUGGAUGAUUAAUUUUAGUUUCAAUUCUGUGGAUCCCUGCUGCUGGGAAUUUACGGAAGUAGAAUCUUGUUCA